UACAGUAUUUUUUUUAAUUCAUGAUCAAACUGGCUGAAGAAGAGGUAAUUUGUAAUCCAAGAACCGGCAGCAUGGCCGGUCUCUUCCAUCUAGCCCCAGUCCUCGUGUCUGUGCUUGUGGCAUGGGCAUGCCUGCUCCGGCCAACGGUGGCGGCCACUGACACCGGGCAUCAAGCAGACCGCAUCGGCCGGCUGCCCGGCCAGCUGGCCGUGGACUUCCCGAUGUACUCUGGGUACGUCACCGUCGACGAGCACGCUGGCCGAGCACUGUUCUAUUGGCUCCAGGAAGUGCCUGCGGAGGCCCAACCUGCGCCGCUGGUACUGUGGCUGAACGGCGGGCCAGGAUGCUCGUCGGUGGCGUACGGCGCGUCGGCGGAGCUCGGCGCGUUCCGCAUCCGGCCGGACGGCGCGACGCUCUUCCUCAACAAGUUCGGGUGGAACAGAGCGGCGAACAUCCUGUUCUUGGACUCGCCGGCCGGCGUGGGGUUCUCCUACACCAACACCACCUCCGAUCUCUACAACUCCGGCGACAGGAGAACAGCGCAUGAUUCGUACACCUUUCUGGUGAAAUGGUUGGAGAGGUUCCCAGAGUACAAGUACCGCGAUUUCUACAUUGCCGGGGAGAGUUACGCAGGGCACUACGUUCCCGAGCUGUCCCAGCUGGUGUACCGGCACAACAAAGGCGUCAUCAAUAAGAAACCACUCAUAAACUUCAAAGGCUUCAUGGUCGGGAACGCAGUGACGGACGACUACCACGACCAGGUGGGCACGUUCGAGUCGUGGUGGAACCACGGGCUCAUCUCCGACGCCACGUACCGGCAGCUGGAGGCCACAUGCGUGCACGGCAGCAUCGAGCACACGUCCCCGCCGUGCGACGCCGCGUUCAACGCGGCGGCGGCGGAGCAGGGCCGCAUCGACCCCUACAGCCUCUGCACGCCCACAUGCAACCAGGCGUCGCCAUCGACAGCGGCAAUGAAGAACCGGAGGCUCAAGGGCCGUUAUGUGAGUAUGUUAGGAUAGCUAUCUAGCUAUAUCCUCCCUGCUUGUCGAUCUGAAUUCUCAUUCGUUCUCUGCGUCGUUUUCUCGUGUAAAGCAAGCAACGCUGCUUUUGCUAUCGAAACGCCCUUUGGACAUGGGACAAGUUAA